CGAGUUGCGACCCAUCUUCUCCAAGGGAUUGGUACAAAAUGAAUUCGAUUGCAAUUUGCGACGCAUUCGUCGGACCGAUUUUCCCAUUUUUAAGUUUUAAGUUUUUAACCCAUUCACCACGCCAACAAUGCCCCGUUCACCCUCCCCCGACGGCGCACCGCUCACCGCCGGCGGCGGCCCUGAGCUCUCAUCAAACGACUCCAACCUCUCCGCACUGGAGAACCCUAACCGCUCGCCACCGGUGGCUGAAGGACCACUGAGCUCCGAACAACCACCGGCCGACUUCGACGUCCUUCAUGUCUCUGGGCCGCCGCUGAAUCCUUGGAGCAAAAAAAUCCCGCCGCCUCCUCCCGUCGCAGCACGAACCCUAGCCGCGGCUGAGCGAAGUGAAAUCAGCAGGAGGCUUCUCUGGAGUAUCACGGCUUCACUCGCUUUCCUUGCUCUGGUCGGUGUUCGGCUUGCGCGGCAUGCUCCCCAUGGAGAAAUUAACCCGUUGAAGCUUCUGAAAGUGGUAACAAGCACCUACGCAUACAUCUUCAUCCUACUCCUGCUGCCGUUCACACACCAGAUUCGGAAAAUCGAGCUCGGACUCGUGCUCAACUCGCUGGGUCUCUCUGUGCCGAUUGGGUUGGCCUUCUACUCGGAGGAUGGCUGGGUACUGGUCAUGGUCAAUCUCAUUUUCCUCCACAUUGUGGCUUUAGUUAAUUCAGCUGUGGUCUCUAUCAAAAAUUUCGACGUGGCUUAUAUCAUUCUCACAGUUGUCGUGAACCCAUUGCUAUUUGUCGCCGACAAGCACGAAAGGUUGGGGUUGGCCUUCCGGUUUAUAUAUGUGUAUUACGUCGUUUAUGCACUGUCAUGGAUCAAGUUUCUUCGGCAUUUUGUGGCCAAAAUGAAGGUACCUGAGUUUCCUGAGGUUGUGUGGCGGGUCAGGGAUGUGUUGGCUGAUGUGUCGGGGGACUACUUGCGUAAGCGGACUUCAAGUAUUUACGAGCCAUUGCUGAGGUCCUGCACAUCAAAAAUCAGUAGCCUGACACAAGAAAAGAGUUUGGGAGGCCCCGAGCUAGCAGCUGGCUGGACAGACAUUUGUAGUUCCAAGAUGAACUUGACUGGCGAUUUCAGGGAUUUGCUC